UUGACCAUCUUUCUUGAGAAGCUCAUCAGCAGAGACAUGGCAAACAGAAGCAGUUCUUCUCUCCUAAUUCUAAUCCUUAAAAUUCUUAUGAUCUUAAUCUUUGCUGGAUGGGUUUCUCUUUGGAUUCUUAAACCAACCGAUCUCUGGUCGAAGAAAUGGAAACAAGCCGAACAUUCUUCUGCAAAAUCUGUGUUUUCCUAUAAUGGACUUAAUUUUAUGGUUUUCUCAUUCCCCAUUAUUGCUCUGGCCAUGAUUGGUUUCAUCUACUUGGAGCUGAUCAUAACUUCAAGGGAAUCUAGAUCAUUUUCAGCACUUUCAAACCCAAUCAUUAUUACAAAGCUAACUGGCAUCCUAUCAGUGGCAGAAGUUAUCUCAGUUUGCCUAUUUCUUAUGUUUCUUGCUUGGACAUUCUACUCACGAUUCUCUAUCGAUUUACACAAGAACAUGCCCGUUAAAUCGCUCAAGCUUAUUAGGUGGCAGUUCUUGUUCUUCAGGGCUGUAAUCAGAUGUGGUUUGUUGGCUGAAGUAUGUCUUGUUUUACUCUUCCUGCCGGUCUUGAGAUCUCUGGCUGUCUUUCGUAUUGUUGGUGUUCAGUUUGAGGUUUCGGUUAGAUAUCAUGUCUGGUUAGGAACUGCAAUGAUUUUGUUCUCUGUUGUGCACGGUGGUGGCACCUUGUUCAUCUGGGCUAUCAACCACAUUCUUCAAGAUCAGAUGUGGAGAUGGCAAAGAACAGGACGUAUAUACCUUGCCGGCGAGAUUGCACUUGUGGCAGGGCUAGUCAUGUGGGUCACAUCCCUUCCGUGGUUUAGGAGGAAGAAGUUUGAGGUUUUUUACUACACGCACCAUUUGUAUGUCGUGUUUAUGGUGUUUUACUUGUUUCACGUGGGCGACAGAAGGUUCUAUGGGGUUCUCCCAGGCUUCUUACUCUACGCCAUCGAUAAGCUUCUUCGAAUAGUCCAAUCAAGGCCAGAGACUUGCCUUCUCUCAGCCAGGAUAUUCCCUUGCAAAGCCAUAGAGCUCAUCCUUCCCAAAGAUCCAAGUUUGAAGUACACACCAACAAGCAUUGUGUUCAUAAAUAUCCCGAGCAUAUCAAGAUUUCAAUGGCAUUGUUUUAGCAUCUCGUCCAGCUCUAUGGUUGACGAGAAAACUAUGUCGGUUAUAGUUAAAGUUGGAGGUCAUUGGACUAACACUCUUUAUGCAAGAAUAAAAGCCGGAUUGGGCUCCAAGACCGGAUCCAUGGGUUGUGUUCCGGUAGCCAUUGAAGGUCCUUAUGGACCUGCCUCACUCAACUUACUAAGAUAUGAGAGUCUACUUAUAGUUGCUGGCGGGAGUGGGAUAACACCUUUUCUCGGUGUUUUGCAAGAAAUAAUACAUUCUCAAAACAGAGGAAUUAAAAGAACUACACUUCCUGCACAAACGCAACUAAUUUACGUGACCAAAAACAUUCAAGAUGUAAGCUUGUUGCAGCCGGUUUUGAUCCUACUAGCAAGGGAAUCGUCUAACCAUUCGCGGAGGCUAAGAGUGCGUGUCUUUGUUACUCAAGAGCAUCGGGUUGGUUUAACUGCACGAGAUCUGAUGAACGAGCUCUCUACGACUGAAUGCGUUAAUUUCGACGUGAAACACUCAGGGAAAUUUCCUAUACAUGGGGUUGAGAGUUCGGUUUGGAUGGCUGUGAUAGUUGGAUGUUGUUCGGUCGUUUUUUUAGUUCUCAUUUGUCUCUUCAAUGCUGCUUUCAUGAAAGGAAAUGAUAAGUCGAAGAUCCCAUCCACUAUAACCGAUGUGUUCCUCUUAUGUUCAUUCGUGGCAGCCGUCGCUUGUGGAACCACAAUGGCGUUUUUGUUGAGAUUGAGAAGGAUGAAGAAGGAGCAUUUUCGAAAAUUCGAUAAACCUAUUGAAGAAGGAAAGCGACUAGCGAGCUCGGAUGAAAUUACGGGUGAUGCCCUCGGGGAACAAUGCGAAAUCUCUGUGGGAAGACCAUGUUUCAAAGAUAUAUUUUCCGAGUUUGCAAAGGAUACGAGAAGAUCGGAAAUAGGAGUUUUAGUUUGCGGGCCAGAAGCGAUGAAGGAAUCAGUUGCUUCAUCGUUGCGCAAACUAGAUCCAUCGGACUCAUCUCAAACUAAGAAGCCGCGUUUUAGUUUUCAUUCCUUGACAUUUACCCUUUAACUAACUUUAUUCCAGCCCCUUGAUAUAUAUGCUAAAUUUUUCAUUAUAAUCAUCAUAAUGAAUAAUGCGCAUAUUAAGAAAUAAAAUCAUAAAACUAAUUUGAUUGGUUC